UGCAAUACUGUGAAAAGUGCUAAAAUAUAAAAACAUGUUAAAUUUAUUAUAAAUUACCACUUAAACCUGUUAAAAUUAUAAGUAACAUGUAGUGAGAUGUUAAAGAACAGGGAGAAAAUAAUUAGUCAAUCAGUUUAGUAUUUAAAUACAACAUGAGCUUAUCUCAACAAUUUCUUAUGCUCUCUGGCGAGCUGUGUAGUCAUCUUUAUGUUAAGGAUUACAAUAAGGAAAAAAUAAAUUCUUUGAUAGAUGAACUAAAUUCCAAACCUUAUAAGACUGACUUAUUUGUGGGAAAACAUGAUGCUGCCGCUCUCGUGACAUCAUUAUAUGUAAACAUUAAACCUGUUGAUGAGUUUUUAUCAGCAAAAACUUCACAUCUAAUAAAAAAUAUAGUGACUAAACAAAAUUUACAAUUUACUGGUGUAUAUUUAGAAAAUGUCAUUGCAUGGCACAUUGACUGUAUAAAGAAAUGUUCAGAUAUUAUUUUACCUGAUAUACUGCAUAAUUUGCAAUGCAUAUUACAUGUAUAUCCACAAUGUGGACAAAAGUUUGCCAUGGAUUUGAUAGGGAAGGAAGGACUUCUUAUAAAAAUGAUCAAUAGUGAUAAGUACGGUCAAAGUCACCAGAAUGCUAUGCAAAUAUAUUUGAUAGUACUGAAAUGUAUAAUAAACUUAUUAAAAAUUGACGAUAACAAGAAAGCUGAGCAAGCUGACUUAAGUUUGGAGUUGAAAGAGGAUAUUUCUCAAUUAAUCAUUAAACUUUUAAUGAAAGGAUUUUUAAAAUCUCACGAUGAAUCUAUUUACUGUAAGGUAAUAAUAUCAGCUCUGAGAAUUUUAUCUCAUAUAUAUUUCAAUGAUCAAAAAGUUCAUUUUCCAAUGCCAGAAAUAAUGGGAAUAUGUAGACAUUUUAUUCUCUAUGGAAUCAUAAGUCAGGAGAAAAGACCUGAAAAGAUUAUGCCAGCUCAGCAAAGUAUUGCAGCUGUUCCAAUCAAGCCAAAUGCUAAAGGGGGAAAGAAACAGAAAAUAAGAAAACAAAGAAAUAAUGCAAUAGAAAGCUUAAAAAAAGAAAUUCCAGUGUCAGAUCGAAGUUUAAUGAGAGAUGUUGACAAUUUCGAGAAUAAUUCUGCUUAUAAGCCUGCCAGCCAGAGCUUUUUAGAGACUCAGAAAACAAGGAAUUGCUGGACUUUGACAAGUGACUCAGAUAUGUCUGAUGUUGAAAAUGGAAGGGAAGCUAAGCUUAUUGCACUAAGAUCCAGAGUAAGGCAGAGUGCAGCAAAUUUAUUCCUUGUUGUAUUUAAGAUCAAAGAAAAGAAAGAUAUAUUUGGUUAUUGGUGGGCCCUUUUGCCAGAUUCCCCUGAUGUCAAUAACUGGUUAGGAGAGGAAAAAUCUAAAAAAACACUUGCAUAUUGUGCUGUGACGGAUCCCAUAGCUAGUAGUAGAGCGAGUGCUCUCAGUGUAAUUUUAACCUUACUUGCUGGUUCAAAGAUGUAUCUUUCUCAAGCUGAAACUUGCAAAAAAACAAGUACUUCGUUCAUACCAUUUUCGGUAUCAAUAGGUUACAUCAUCACAUGUAUGCAUAAGAUAUUAGUCAGUAUUUUGGACAAUGAAAGGAGUCAUUCGGUAAUCAUAGUAGCAUUAAAAUGCUGUGCAGCUUUGGUGCAAUCGACCCCCUAUCACAAAAUGCAAGAAGGGUUGAUUGUUGAGUUGGUGAGAUCGACGCGCAAGUUCUUGAUACAUAGGGAUGUUACUUUACAAGUUGGUGCGUUAAUCACUAUAGGGUGUGUUAUAUCGAUCGAUCCUAAAGUAGAUGAAGUUUUGAAGGCAUUAGAGAAAGAUACAGCGCUCAGUAAGGAUGAGAAUAAUAAAAUAAAUAAAGAAAAUAUAUGUCUUAAUGAUGAAUGCGAUGACUUUGAAGAGGGUUAUUCUGAUGAUGAAAUGUUUACUGCGUUCGAAACUUCUAUAGAUGAUAAAAAGACUGAGAAACAUAGUACCGAAGUGCACUUUAAAAGUUGGAUUUUAGAUAUAUGUUUUAGGAAUAUGGGAUGGAUAUUUAAGGAUAAUGAAGUAAUAAGAUGCAAGCCGUCAGCAAUACCGAUAAUACUAGAAUCUCUUCAAGUUCUAUCAGCGAUUGCAUUCUACCAUCUACAAGAUCUUCUCAAUUCACAUAUAAUACUACUUGCAGACAUUCUGAGUGAGAUGCUGCAACAUGAGCAUCAAGACGUCGUUUUACAGGCGGCGAAAUUUAUCAGUAUUAUAGGAGAUGCUAUUCAGAGAUUGGAUCAACAAAAUCAAUCGCUUCCUCUAAAUCAGUGCGUGUGUAUGUGGGAGAAACUCAUAACACCACUCUCUAUGGUGUUACAACAUCAUGAAAACAUUCCCGCUAAAGCAGUCGUUUGCGACUGUAUCGCCAAUAUUGGGGAAAAGUCCUUUAAGGAAUUACCAUCGCGCACGCGCCUGCUGUGCUGCGCGCUGCUGGUGGGGUCGUGCGGCGCGGAGUGCGGCGCGCUGCGGGCGGCCGCCGUGCGCGCGCUCGCCAUGGCCGUCGUCUACCGCUCGCUCAGAGAGGACAUUUGCUUCGUAACCGACUGUGGUGAAAAUAUUCUAAGAGCAUUAGCAGAACCAACUGCGAUUGUACGAACCAAAGCGGCUUGGGCGCUCGGCAACCUUAGCGACGCCCUCGUUUUAAAUAUGGACGAACCGGAGACAGAAGACAUAGACGAUGACCUAUUACUACGACUACUCGAGGUCAGCGUUCAAUGCGCCAACGACAACGAUAAGAUUAAAAUGAGCGCAACACGCGGCCUUGGAAAUCUUUUACGAUUGAUCAAGAAUGAAAAUCUUCAACGGCACACGCAAUUGAAGUCCUUAUGCGAGAAAGCAAUAGAAAAGCUUUUGGAAUGCGCAAUCAAAGUGACCAAUAUGAAGGUUCGCUGGAACGCUUGUUAUGCACUAGGCAACGCUAUGAAGAACGAAAAUUUAUUCACUUGUUUUAAUGGAUGGCAGAGUAAAGUCUUCCCGAGCCUAUGUACACUAACUAAAGACUGCAAGAACCUCAAAGUUCGUAUAAACGCAGCCGUUGCGUUACGUGCGCCCGCAUUACGUACACAAUAUGGCGAGCACUACACAUCGAUAUGGAGGGGACUCCUGGCAGCCAUGGAAAACGCCGCUAAUGUUGACGACUUUACGGAAUACAAACACAAAGAUAAUCUUAUUGAACAGCUGUGUGUAACUCUUGCGCACAUGUGUUGUCUCCUAAAGCCCUCAGAUCUAACGGAUAUUUUAGACCCACUAGUCUUCCACUUCGAUUGUGCUAAGAGUCUAUAUACCCAGUUAUACAACAAAUUGCCUCCAGAGAAUACUUCCUGUCUCAAAAUACUUCAAGCUGCUAAAUACGUCACAAUGGACUUUACACCGGAAAACGAGACUCAGAUGCAAUCUUUGGGAAUGUUGCAAGACAUUUUCAUAUGGGAAGUGUGAUUCGUUAUUUUUUAAUUUAUUAAAAAAAUUUAUAUUAUUUAUAAAAAUAUUGUUUAUUUGUUAGAAAUAAUUAAAUCUUUGAUUUAAGCGACUUUAUA